AUGCCCGUGCUUAAGCUGGCCGAGAGAGUGGCUGGCUUGAAGCUCAACCUUCCAAAGUGCGUUGUCGUGGUAACUCACGAGCUCAAUCGGAUAGAAUUCGACCGCCUGAUGCUUGACCACGACAUCGAGCUGCCAGGCGUGGUCCUCGGCACCGCAGGCAAGUAUCUUGGAAUAUGGGGGCGCGCCUCGGAGGGCGUCCUGCGACACGCGCUUACGGGGGGCGCCCAGCGUACUUGGCAUCGGAGUGACGGCGGCGGGGCCUGCGGCGACGAUCUUGAAAAGUAUAGGUCCGAGGGGCGCCAGCCGUGCACGGGCGCCGUUCCCGGCCAGGCGCCCCCUGGGUUCCGCCGCAGCGUGUCCGACGUCGGCGGCGAUGGGAGCCUGCACCGCGCGGCGCUCGAGGUGGCGCGUGGCGCCCUCCUCGCGGCGCAUUCGGCGACUGGGCUCACAACGGGCCGCCCUGAGUUGCGCGAGUCCCUCCGCAUAUUCAGGGCGGCCGAGGGCAUGCUGCGGGCGGCGGUGGACAUGCUGACCAGCCCGCUGCUGCUCCUCGGCGGCGGCGGCGGCCCCGUGGCCGCGGCGGCAAGACGGGCGAGGCAGCGGAUGACAAACAUGGACGACGCCUUGGCCGACGAGCUGCGGCUGGUGCGGCGGGACGGCGGCCCGCCUUCCAGCGCAGCUUCGGGCACGGACAAGGACAAAGGCACGGGCAAGGCGCUGGGGCGGCAGCUGUCGGUGCGGAUGCGCUUCGCGAUCGAGGGCGUCUGCGCCGAUCCUGGGCCCGGCAUGGGGGCCGGCCCCGGGCCCGCGCGGGCGUGCGCGGCCGGCGCGCCGUGCCGCCAGGAGGGCGGCCCGGGCCGGCGGAGCAGUGAGAGGCUUGCGGCCCAGGCCGGGCCCCGCCUGGGCGGGGGCCCCCCUGCGGCGCCGAUGUGGCGGCUGCUUGAGAGCUGGUGCUACUGCUGCAGGUGUCACUGGGGUUUCGUCGUGAGGACCAGCGAGAGGACCCUGGACGACUACCUCAAGCUCUUCCGCAGGACCAUGGCCGCCGACCUCGUCCUCGCGCUGCUCUACGCGGUGCACGUGUCGGACUGGGUGACGAGGCGCAGAGGGGCGGCCGAGGGUGCGGCGGGCACGGCCAUGACGGUGCUGGGGGUCUGGACGGUGGGCUGCUUCUGCUUCGACGCCGUCCUGGUGUGGCUCCUCGCGCGCUGCGUCAGGGGCGCGGCCGACGGCCCGUCCGUGCGCUCGGAGGAGCUGGACAGCGUUGCCACCUGGCAGUUGGCGUGCGUGGGCCACUCCUGUGCGGGGCUCGCGCUCUUCGGCGCCCGCUAUCUGCUGGAGAUGUCGCAGAUUGGCUUUGCCACGAGGUGGGCCGCGUGCACUCUCGCGCUGAUUUUCCUCGCCAAGGCCGCCGGCGUGGUGGCCCUCGGCUCGUUCGGCAGGUGGCUCUGGCUGCAGUCGGACGAGGCCAAGACCCUCACCCUCACCCGGUCGGCCUCGCACUCGACCCUGUACUCGGACUCCGACGCGGACCUGGAGGAGGAGGACUGGGCUGGCUGA